AUGGCAGGUAUCAGAUUCACACAUAAGCUUUACCAGUAUUAUCAAUUAGCUACAAGCUUCUUGUAUGCAGCAUUAUUGAUACGGUGGCUGAUAUUAAUGCCAUUGGUAGGGUCUCGGUUUUUACCGGGAGGCAUCCACGAAUUUUUGAUAUAUUUGAUGCUCUGUUCCAGCCUCGUGGAAGUUAUUUGGUUACUCAGAUUCCACGGGUUAAAAAAUGGUUUGCUUUCAAGAACCUUCUUAAAGGACCUAGAUUUCAUAUACUUGGUCAGAGUAAUCCAUUUUUACGAUGAUUAUGAGCAUGCAUUGAUCCUGAAGAACGCAUCAUAUUCUAGUUUCAUUAUUUGUUUGUCUUUAUCACAAGCAUAUUGUCAUUGGUGCAAACUUUUCAAACGGAAAGGUGUAAAGGAAAGAACACUCGUCUGGAAGGUUAAUACAUUUAUUACGUUGCCCAUUCUCUACCUGAGCGAAUUCGCAUUGCUGCUAUUGAAUAUUCAAAUCAAAAACUAUCACUCUACUCCAACUUUGGAUGUAAUCAAUAGGGUGGUUUUAUUAGCAUACUUCCCUAUACUAUUAACAGCAUACAAAAAACUAUUAACAAAGUGA